AUGUCAUCAACAAGCGAACAACGUGUGAUUCUUGUCACUGGCGCCAACAAAGGCAUUGGCUUUGAAGUUGUAAAGAAGCUUGUGAAAGAGUCACCAGUCAAUAACAACAUCAUUCUUCUUGGUAGUCGUGAUUUAAAACGAGGUGAAGAUGCGCUCGUUCGACUAGGCUCUCUACCAAAUAUCCAUGUUCUCCAAUUAGAUAUGUCAUCAAAAGAAAGUAUUGCUCGUGCUACUGAUGAAAUUAAAUGCAAUGUUACAAAGGCAGCAGUUAUCGCUCUUACUCGAAUUGAAGCACGUCAAUGUUCGAGUACCAAAAAUGUACUUAUGCUUUCGGUGUGCCCAGGAUUUUGUGCCACCGACAUUAAUAAGAAUGCAUCCGGUGCUCGUCAUGCGAAAUUUGGUGCUGAUUCAAUCUUGUAUGUCAUCAAUGCUCCUCAAUGUGAACUCGAAAAUGGUUGCUUUUAUCGGGAUGGUAAACAACUACCACAAAUUGGCCUUAUCAAUCGUAAAAAUUGA